UUGCAUGGGACUGUUUUAGGUACCCGAUCAUUGUUGCAUUACGAAAAUGGGAAACACUUGGCGCUAGAGAUUGGAGUGACCAGCGAACAGCCUUUAGCCGAAACAUCUACGGAUCUGGGCAGUGGUAGUAAUGCGGUGGUUGGAGUAGUUGCUGCACCGCAACAAACAGCUACUGCUGAUGGACAUUAUGGCUUGGGCUCCAAUACAGUACAGCCCAGCAGAACAAUUGAAACAUUUUUUCGUUCUUCAAAGCCGGAGGAUCCGCAGGCAUCCCGUUUGUUCAGUUUUCUACAAGUGCUGACCGCUUGUUUUGCUGGUUUUGCGCAUGGUGGCAACGAUGUUAGAAGCAAGCUGGAAGUUCGUACUAAAGGUGGCUUGUUGCUUGAGUCACUCGAGAAAAAUUGCAUUUCAGCAGUUCCACCACUGUUUUUGGUAAUAAAAAAAUGCUACCGCGAAACUUAUAGUGGUUUUGCAAUUGAAUUUGGUGCUGCUGUUACAGUUCUAGUUUCAAGCAAGUUUGGUCUUCCAAUAAGCUCGACGCAGUGCAAGCAAAAGUUCAGUUUGAAAAUGUCUCAGGUUGGCAGUGUGGUGGCAGUGGGUACGGUGCAGGCAAGUGGUUCUGUUAAAUGGUCGACGUUUCGCAACAUAUCGUUAUCGUGGCUUGUCACUUUGCCUGUUACGGGUAAAGUUUUUAUAAAACAGUUUCUUGAAAACAGCACAUGCAUCACCAUAGCUGGCUCCUAG